AUUGAGAUGAAAUCUGUUCCAUACGUAUGUUAUGGCAAUUGUUUAUACAUUGAGUCAAAAAUAGCUAAUGUCACAGGUAUUUCAGGAGUUAAUAGUAAAGGUUCAGUAGAAUAUAAGUCUUUCUGUUAUGAAGUAAAUUCAAUGUUCAUUCCAAACGUUCCUGUCAUAGCAACUCAUUUAGGUAAAUGGGUUCGCAUUAGUCCUCAUAAUUUGAAAGACAUGCAAUUCAGACUAGUUGACUUUCAAGGAGAGCCUGUAGAACUGAAGGCACCAGUGCGAAUGACUGUUGAAGUAGACUUUUUAGAAAAUAUUAAAUGCAACAGCUUACAAGAGAACUCAGAGCUAAAAAUAUAA